AUGGAUAAAGAAAACAAAAAUCACUCGACAGUGACUGAGUUUAUCUUCCUGGGCAUCACUCAGGACCCUCAGCUGCAGAUCAUCUUCUUUGUGAUCUUCCUCAUUGUGUACUUGUUCAAUGUUGUAGGGAACGUUGGCAUGAUUGUCCUGAUCAUCACGGACACUCACCUGCACACGCCCAUGUACUUUUUUCUCUGCAACCUCUCCUUUGUUGACCUGGGCUAUUCCUCAGCCAUUGCACCCAGGAUGCUGGCUGACUUCCUAACAAAGCACAAAGUUAUCUCCUUCUCCAGCUGCGCCACACAGUUUGCUUUUUUUGUAGGUUUUGUGGAUGCUGAGUGCUAUGUCCUGGCAGCGAUGGCCUAUGACCGGUUCGUGGCCAUCUGUCGACCCCUGCGCUACAACACUCUCAUGUCCAAGAGAGUCUGCGUGGCUCUCAUGCUAGGCUCUUACAUGGCUGGUCUAGUGAGUUUAGUAGCCCACACAUCCCUCACUUUCAGCCUCAAUUACUGUGGUUCCAACAUCAUCAACCAUUUCUUCUGUGAAAUCCCACCACUCCUAGCCCUCUCUUGCUCAGAUACCUACAUCAGUGAGAUAUUGCUGUUUAGUUUGUGCGGCUUCAUUGAGUUCAGCACCAUCCUCAUCAUCUUCAUCUCCUAUGCCUUCAUCCUGGUUGCUAUCGUCAGAAUGACUUCCACUGAGGGGCAGCUCAAGGCCUUCUCCACCUGCGGGUCUCACCUUACUGGUGUCACUCUCUUCUAUGGCACAGUCAUGUUCAUGUACCUGCGGCCAACAUCCAGCUAUUCCCUGGACGAAGACAAGUGGGCAUCUGUGUUCUACACGGUUAUCAUUCCCAUGUUGAACCCCCUGAUCUACAGUUUGCGGAACAAAGAUGUAAAAGCUGCUUUCAAAAAACUAAUUGGGAGAAAACCUCAGUAG